ACAACCAGAUUUAUUUAUUUAUUUAUUUAUUAUUAAACCGUGUUGGUUUCUUCGUCUCAACGACCUGUCCUGUUCCUUCUUCUCCUCCACCCUCCUUGGAUUUCUUCUCCUUUCGUUUUCUCUCUAACAAAACCAUUUCCUCUUCUUCUUCUUCAAUAAAAAAACCAAAAAAUAUGACGAUUCAGAAUAUUCUUGUUACAUUAUUUCUGCUGUAUUACUAGUAAUUUAUUUAUUGUGGCCCAUGCGUUGGAUUCAUAACCUUUCCUUCACUUCUUCUUCGUCUUCAACUUCUUCGUCCUCAACAUCUCCGUCCCUUUCUCUUCAUAAAACUUCUUUCUUCUCCUUCAAUGGCCACGGAUGAAAAUUUCUCUUCGGUGAGGAGAGGUCAUGGCAGUCGUUUUAGUUGGAAUAAUCCUCGUGGUUUGAGGAUAGGUGGUGGUGGUGGUUAUGAUUGCCGUGACAGGCCUAGAAUUUCAAGGCAAAAGAAUCUGAGACAUUUGAUCGAUCAAGACCUUCCAGGUCAUCAAAAACAGGUGGCACCACCGGAUCAUCAUGUGGAUUCCGGUGCCCUUUCGAGGUCAACUUCGGCUUCAGUUGCUGUGCCAUUGCCGCUUCCAUUGCCGGUGCCUUCUGGGGAUGGGGAUUCGAGGUUUCCUUCGCCCAAGGAGAGGAUUCGAGAUGGUUUUAGGGAAAGAGAAAGAGACAGAGGUGAUAGGAUUGGAGAGGGAUUAUAUCCUUCGAAUUCUCCUAUUUCUAGUGUUUUUGCUGGUCGAAACAUGAAGAAAAUGGCUGAGCGUUUAGACACUCGGUCAUCCAGGACGGUGCGUCCAGAUUUCAGUUCUGCACAGAGUUCUCGAGACAACUUCGAGAUCAAUAUUCCUAUUAGGAGUGCUCCUACUAGUCCAUUUGCAAGCCCUGUUCAUAGCCCACCAAGAACGAGUAGCACUGCUGGUAUGUUUCCUUACUACCGCAUGAUUGCUAGAGAACAGAAAGUCUGGUCUGCACCAGAGAUGGCAGCAUUAGACACACCUGGGCUUCCUCCUCCAGCAUUCAUGGAUGUCAGUGCUUUUAGUAAUGACAGUUCUCCUCUUCAAAGUCCAUCAAAUAUAAGUCCCCGCCGGAGAGCCAGAAGCCCAACUGGACCUUUAUCGCCAUUGACUUCCAGGUCAUCAAUCGAAAGCUCAGCUGCACGGCGUGAAAGCAAUGCUAAUUUUGAGGUCCACCCAUUACCUCUUCCUCCAGGAGCAGCUGUCCCUUCGCCAUCAGUGCCAGUGCCUAUAGCUCUACAUAAACCGGAGUUCCCAUCUAUGAAAAGUCAGUGGCAGAAGGGGAAGCUUAUUGGACGCGGUACAUUUGGAAGUGUUUAUGUUGCCAGCAAUAGGGAAACUGGGGCAUUAUGUGCAAUGAAGGAAGUGGAAAUGUUUCCUGAUGACCCGAAAUCUGCCGAGUCUAUAAAGCAAUUAGAACAGGAAAUUAAAGUUCUUAGCCAGCUGAAGCAUCCAAACAUUGUGCAGUAUUAUGGUAGUGAAGUAGUUGAUGACAAAUUCUAUAUAUAUCUGGAGUAUGUUCAUCCGGGUUCAAUCAAUAAAUACGUACAUGAACAUUGUGGAGCCAUAACAGAAAGUGUUGUUAGUAAUUUUAGUCGCCAUAUCGUCUCUGGGCUAGCUUACUUACACAGCAUGAAGACAAUACACAGGGAUAUAAAAGGGGCUAAUUUGCUUGUUGAUGCAUCUGGAGUUGUGAAGCUUGCGGACUUUGGGAUGGCAAAACUUCUUACUGGACAAGCAGCUGAUCUUUCUCUUAAGGGAAGCCCUUACUGGAUGGCUCCUGAGCUCAUGCAAGCUGUAAUGCAAAAGGAUGUUAGCUCCGACCUUGCUCUUGCUGUUGAUAUUUGGAGUUUGGGAUGCACUAUUAUUGAAAUGUUCACUGGGAAACCUCCUUGGAGCGAGUAUGAGGGGGCUGCAGCCAUGUUUAAAGUGAUGAGGGAUAGCCCAGGUAUACCUGAAAUAUUAUCACCUGAGGGCAAGGAUUUUUUGCGCUGUUGCUUUCGAAGAAACCCAGCAGAGAGACCAACAGCUGCCAUGCUACUAGAUCAUCGGUGGUUGAAAAACUGUCAGCACGUCAAUGUCUCAUAUACCAUCCAGUCAAUCAAUGGGAUAAAAUUGACUGAUAUAUCCCAAAGUCGAAGAGCAUCUGAAUUCAAGUCUGAUCAUCUACCAGGAUUACCAAGCUCAAAAGGUACCAAAGGAAAGGCGACUUCUGACAGCUACAUGCAUUAUUCUUUUUCUCCAGCAAGACUGUCCAACGACCUCGCCAUGAAACUUCCAACUUAACUGGCAAAAUGGUCUCCAUCAUUCUCCUCAUCCAGUUCCUGAGUUUCUUCCUACUCUAGUUCCUCUGCAGUUUGGAUUGGAGCAUACAUCACGCCAGGUCUUCUUCUUCUUCAAUGCCCAUUUUAAGCAAAUGUAGCGCUAAAAUUAACCAUGGCUUCAGGUAACACAAAACUGGAAGAGCCUCUGCUUGUUUUUUUAAUAGGCUAAGCUAACAACAAACUCUAAAUUGGAAAAAGCUCUACUGCUGUCCCCUGUGCAUGCUGGUAGAUUUCCGGUGGCCACAGGUUACUGAGUAGAACAUUCUUCGCUUUAUCGUUAUCAUCAAUGCUUCCUGAUGUUUUACAUCCUUGUUCAUCCUGAAAUUAAUACAGGCUGUGUCAAGGAUUUUAGAGCAGGUUUUGUACACUAUUCAUUGAGUUUAGAGCUUCAGCAUUUCAGAAGUUCAACUGUAUGUACAUUUCCUAAGGUAUUAUUCUUGCCUUAAUGUAACAUCAUUAGAUUUUAGAGAAAAGUCAUAACUAUCCA